UAAGGUGACCAAUAAAGUUCUCUCUAAGGAGCCAAAAAGCAGACGGCUCAUGACUUCUGAUCAGGACACUAAAGUUGUGGCUGAACCGCAGGUGCAGCAAGUACAAGAAGUUAAAGACAGUUCUCAUCUAGAGUCAGCCAAGGUUUCUGAGUUAAAUCCAAAUGCAAAGGUAUGGGGGAAUCACAUGUUACAUUUGGAAGCAAGUGGUGCCACUGACAGUAGUGUGAGCAAAACCUGGGAAGAAAUACCUGACCAACCUCCAGAUUCCUGUAAAGAAGGAUUGGAUGUCAAUGGUGAUGGUGACAAAAAGCAUCAGAAUGCAGUACUGACAGACCUGCGGGAGCCAUUGCCAACUGUUCCGGCAUCAGACCAAACAGAUAUGAACCCUUUGGCUCUAGAUAAUUCAGAGUAUGAAUCUAUGCAUGAAACUUCCCAGACAGGAGGAAAUGAGCAAUUGCAGCCAGAAGGGCAAGAAGAUCUACGAGAAGUGCUUAAGAAAACACUGGAAUUCUGCUUAUCUAGAGAGAAUCUGGCCAGUGACAUGUACCUUAUAUCACAGAUGGACAGCGAUCAGUAUGUGCCAAUAAUGACAGUAGCAAAUCUUGAUCAUGUCAAGAAACUCAGUACUGAUAUGGAUUUGAUUGUUGAAGUGCUGAGAUCAUUGCCUUUAGUCCAAGUGGACGAGAAGGGAGAAAAAGUCAGGCCAAAUCAGAAUCGCUGCAUUGUGAUUUUACGUGAAGUACCUGAAUCUACUCCCAUUGAAGAAGUAGAAGCACUCUUCAAGGGAGAUAACUUGCCUAAGUUUAUCAACUGUGAGUUUGCCUAUAAUGACAAUUGGUUUAUUACAUUUGAGUCGGAAGCUGAUGCGCAACAGGCUUACAGAUACCUUAGAGAAGAAGUGAAAACUUUCCAAGGAAAACCAAUUAAGGCAAGAAUAAAAGCAAAGGCAAUAGCUAUAAACACAUUUUUGCCAAAGAAUGGAUAUAGACCUCUGGAUAUGAACCUCUACACACAACAGCGUUACACAACAUCCUUUUAUAUACCUCCAGUAUACAGUCCCCAACAGCAAUUUCCAUUGUACAGCUUAAUUACCCCACAGACCUGGUCAACUACGCACAGCUACCUGGAUCCAUCAUUGGUAGCACCGUUUCCAAAUACUGGAUUUAUCAAUGGGUUCACAUCUCCAGCCUUCAAGCCAGCUGCUUCUCCAUUGGCUUCCCUCAGACAAUACCCUCCCAGAAACAGGAAUCCUAGCAAAUCACAUAUACGGCAUACAAUACCCAGUGCAGAAAGAGGACCUGGGCUUCUUGAUAGUCCUACAAUAUUCAACUUUUCUGCUGAUCGUCUAAUAAAUGGUGUCAGAAGUCCACAGACAAGGCAACCGGGACAAAACAGGACACGAAUGCAAAAUGCUGCUACAAGUUAUACCAAGAGGGAUAUAGGAACCGGACGAAUGGAACAGACUAAUAUUGACUCGUCCCCUGGUUUGGGUAGGGGAAGGAAAAAUUCAUACGGUUAUCGGAAGAAAAGGGAGGACAAGUUUACAAGAGGUCAAACACAGUCUCCGCCACCUCCAAAGCCUCCGUCUCCUAGUUUUGAACUGGGAUUGUCCAGCUUUCCUCCAUUACCUGGGGCUGCUGGCAAUUUAAAGACCGAAGACCUGUUUGAAAACAGACUCUCCAGUGUGAUAAUAGGAACAUCAAAAGAAAGAAACCUUAAUGUGGAUGCAAGUACAAACACUAUCCCAUCAGGAAUUCCUCGAGAGCCAUUGUUGCCAGUUUCUUCUGCUCCACCUGGGACACUUGAACGGUCUCCUUCCCCCUCCCAGUCUCCUGAUGACUCCAAGGUUGUGGAUAAGCAACAGAGAGACGCGCAGAAUGUGGAAAGGCUUUCUACCGCGCUCAGUACUGCAUGUAAAUCAGUACAAGUCAACGGGGCUGCCAUAGAAUUACGAAAACCUAGUUAUGCAGAGAUUUGCCAGAGAACUACUAAGGAUCCACCUGCAUUGCAACCCCAGAAAGAGCAGAAGCCAAACACUGUAGCCUGUGGGAAAGAUGACAGAAAGCCCACAGAAACAAUAGAGAAAACCAGGGAACCCCCUCCUGCAAAGUCAAAUCCUGGACAGCCCAAAGACCAGCGGAGACAGUCAGGACGCCGAUCACCCCCUCCAGCCAUUGGCAAACGUUUAAAUAAAGAACAGAAUACCCCUCCAAAAUCUCCUCAGUGAAGCUGAUGCUUGGGAGGGUUGAAAAGAGGUCUGCUUCCCACAAAUUAAACCCAUGUUCCCACUCAGAGUACAGAGAAUGAGCUGCUGGUUAGGAGCUUGCAGUGGAAUUAGGCAUAUAAGAUGCCUGCAAGCUGGUUUUGGGUUUUUGGUUGGGUUGUUUGUUUUCGGUUUUUGUUUUGUUCCCCCCCCCCACCUCCUCUUUUCUGUGAAUUCCCCCCUGGAGCAAACAUUCACUUCCCUUCUCCCCCUUUCCUCCCCCCUGAGAGAGUAAUUAAUCUAAACCUUACUUAGGUUGGUGCUUAACUGGAGUUGAGGCUUACUCUGAUAUUUUUUUUUUCUUUUCUUUCCCCCAAGAUGUAAAAUGUUUAUCUGAAAAAUCAACUUUUUUUAUUAAGCCUCCGAAGUGGCUGUGUAUACAAGCUCUGUAUAGUGAGUUUUUUUUCUAAACUAUUAAGCAGAACUGUGCUGCUGCAAUUUUUUUUAAUCAACUGAUCUGCAAAUACAUAUCUCUAAAAUGUCCAAAAGACUGAUGGCAGCUAGUGUACAGAGUGCAAGAAAAAACAAGUACAUUUUACAAAAUAGUAUACUCUGACCUUGAGGAUUUUUUUUUAUUGGGCUGCUGUAUCAAGUGUCCGCAAAUAAACCUGUAUUUUUUAGGUUGAACUAAUACAGUUGAUUCUAGCGUUUUUAAAAAAAUUAAUCUUUUUUUGGUGUUUUGAACAAAAAAAAUAACCAGAACUCCUGCACCGCAGAGGUUUUCUAAAAUAUUUAAGUUUUGAUAGACUGCAAGCAAGUAACCAGCUUCUCACUCCAGAAAGAAAUGGAUACUAUACGAGUAACAAAUACAAAGCACAUUGUGAAUAGAAGAGAAUGAAGGCCAUGAGCUUUAUAUAGUGGUGAAGUCUGCUAGUGGAUGUUAACACAAGAAAGCACAGUAGCCUUCUUGUGAUAACUAUAACUUGGUCCCGAGAGGGAGGAAGUGAAUAGUCACCACUGCACGUUCUGGUUACCCCUGUGCUCUGUGUAGACAUUUUAAAAUUCUGCCCCAAGUGCUCUUUGAAAGAGUUCACACGUCAGUCAGCCUAGAGUUGACGUCUUCCUGUAACUACAAGCAUUGGCAUAUGGAUUUAAAUUGUUCGAGCUGUGAGAUGAUGGGUGUUUGUUUUGUGCAGUGGAGGAAGAGAUCCCUGCUAUUUACCUCUGGGAUGAGGUUUCUCACACUUACUACUCUAGAAGUGAUGCGCUUUCUGAAGGACAAGGAUGCACUAAAUUAGCAAGUUUCUAAUAAGGUUGAAUAUAAAUUAUUUUUUUGUUUUAAAAUGCCUAAAGUUUUUCUUUAAGUGUUUAAACAGCAGGCAGUUCAGACAAAACUCUUUCCUGCUAACUCUAACAGUUCAGUUUAUUCCACAAAAAUGUUUAUUUAAACAACUGAUUUUUUUAAGAAUUAUUUCCAUCCAAUAUUUAAAGACUUGAAUUUUAUUUAAACUUGAAAAUGACUUUGCCUUAACUUUUGUACAAGACAGCUUAGAGUUAAUGAGGUCUGGCCCUGUUAAGGGUCAGCAUGAGUGGAAUACAGAAUUACUCAGUUACAGUAUGUAUCUAUUGUCACUGGUCUUACUGGGUAAACAUACUGUAGUACAGGAAAUAGCAGCAGUUUUUGUAAUAUACCUUAAAGAUCUUAAACAGUUGAUCUUUUUCAGAUUGUUGAAAAAUCUGUAAAUGCAAAUAGUCAAUACUGUAUUAAAUAUGUGCACUUGGAAGUGUGUGCUUUGCUUGUACAGUUGUAAAUAAUCAGAACAUAUAAAAAGGUACCCUAAAGAAAAAAAUCUGAUAAAAAUUAUUGAUAUUAUAAAUGUUGCUGUUGAGCUGGAUGUAGAUAAACUAAAUGUUGUGGUUUGAAUAUUACUUUAAUUUGUUGUUUUUUCUGUUUCUUUUUAUUUUAUUCUGGUGUGCUGAACUGACUCUGCCUCUUCACUGCAAAAGGGAAAUGGAAAGAAAGUCUUACUUAAAAGCCCUCAAUUGUUUUCAUAAGUCUCUCUCUAAAAGUGUGCAUUUUAACCGGUACAAAUGUGUUCUGUAACAUAAUGUAAAUACUAAAGUCUGGCCAGGUGGGCAAUUGAACUCAAAUUUAUUAUCGGGUUGUUUAAAAUUAGGGUAAUAGUUCAGACUGCCAAGGGAAAAUGAGCCAUGAAGCUUAUUUGACCACGUCUCGAGGAUUUCAGAGCUUACCUAGAGAUACGAUAACUGUCUGUCACAGUUAUUUCCUGGCAGUUUUGAUGCGGUAUCUGCUGCUAGUUAAUUGACCUGUUAGAUGCAGCCUGCUGCAUGUUGCAGAAUUGGUUAAAAUGGGCAAGCUUGACUCUAUUUGUUCUUCUGUUAAAAAGCACACUUUGAAUGCUGUGGGAGGAGAUAGGACUCUGAUAACAGCGAACAUCACCAAACUGCUACGCCAGUUCUGUCAUUGGAUUUUAAUGCUUAUCCUUUCCCCAUUGGGCAGUGAAAAUGGCAGCUAGACUUGUAUGUGGUUUAGGCCAGCUGUAGGAUUCAUUUUGUUUGUCUGCUGAAAGUUGUAAAGCUUACAACUUUAAAGCUGCAAACAAUGAAAAAUGGUCCCUUACAGCAACAGUGUACAGCUAACCAUAAUAGCCAAAUGGUACAUGAGGCAAUAUAUUGAGACCAGCAGGAUGUGUUGUGCUGUUCUAAUGUACUCUGCUGCCAUUUGUACUAGGUCAAUACACUGUAAUUACUGCUUACCCAGCAACAGUCUGUUGCAUCAAAAGUUUAAACCUUGCUCUGAUGUGGUUUUGUAGCUUUUAGAAAUUAUAAUUAAAAAAGACACGCCAAAUAGCUGUGUAAUAUACAGAAACUUAUCCUUAUUACAUUUACUUUGAGAUUUUUUUUCACUCAAUGACAAAAUGGAGCUUUCGGAGUAGAGAGUUGUGAUGUUGCAUGCAGACUGUUGCUAUGGUACAUAUAGAUAUUAAAAUGUGGCUUUUUUAAAGUUUAAAAGAGAGGAUCUUCCCCAAAAACAGCAUCUGAGUUCCAAGUUCAGAAGCACAGUAAUUAAAAUUGGCAUUUUAACUUGUAGGAUUGUGUGGUGGUGAUUUUCCUUUGGAAGUAUAAAAAAGUUACUACAGGAACUGAGACUGUUCCAGGAAUGCAUAUAAACACAAAGGUUGCUUUUAAGAUUUAACAUUAAUUUCAUUUCAGAGCUCUCCCCACCAUGACUUCAGUUUGUCACUUGGAAAUCAGUGAACUGUGGCAAAUGUUUUAUGUUGCUGCAUUAUCUUUUGAAGACUUCAGCAGUUGACAUAGAAAGGGCCCUAGUUUGUGAGCGUGAUGCAGUGUAUCACAAGCAACAGCUGACUGUAAUGGUGCAUACCUAUCUCUGUAUCUCCUUCAGCUAGCUAUGGUUAGGGAUUUUUAUGUGCUUUGUAACCUAUUACACUAAUAGCAGCAGACAAUCGAAGACUGCGAAGGAGACCUAACAGCUGCCAAUUCAUGAAAUAGAGUGUAAUAUGGAAGCUUUCUUGAGGGUUUUUGUUUUGUUCUACUUCUUCCAUUAAGACUGGAAUCAAGCUUACAUGUAAACUAUUGGUAAUUUAAGUUUCCUUUUGUGUCAUAAAAUGUAAAACUGUCUAAUUUGAAAAAAAAAAAAUAUGUAGGUUAUGAAAAAUAAAGAUUAGGCACUGUUGAA